UGCUUCUAUAUCACUGUGAGUACUGCUGAGUACUCCUAUAGGCACUGACAAUGGCCCCUGCAAGCACUUUCACGCCGAAGGCGUCCCUGACAGAAGCACCUACUAACCUCAAGGAGGCCAUUGACUGGGUCCUUAGGGUAACUGGUAGGGAUGGUAAGGCACUGAACAAGGAUACUGAAUGUAUAUGUGGCCUGGCGGCGGCAGUGACUGACCUACUGCAGUCAGUAGAACUGGAGUACCAUGGCUAUCAAGGUGAAGCCAAUGGAGAUGACACAAAAAAUGGCCCCCCAAAAAAGAGAGUCACAAUGUGCCUCAACGAACUAUUCUCCCUAGUCCAGGGACUAGGCGGUACUGCAGUGGUACGGACCUACAUAGACCAGCUGGCACAGGUACUCAGUGCACUCGUUGGGUGGAGUGAGAUAGAAAAGUGUUGGGACGGUGGCUGCGGUGGCGAUAGCAAACCACACGGCCAAGAAAGUAGCUGCCAGUAUCUAGGGGAAGUAGAGAGGAACGGGUCAUGUGAUGAUUGUGGGUGUAUGAAAUGGGAAGUGCCCGGGCCGACGGAUCACAGUAAAGGACACCACCUGGGCAGGGGGUGUACAAGGUGUAAGGGUAGUAGUGGACAGCCGCCGUGUGAGUGUAGUGGUACCUGUACUGCUGGCAAAGAGUGUCAAUGCGCUUUAGCGGGCAAAUGCUGCAAGUGUUGUUGUACGGAUUGUAGGGGGAGGUGUAAGAAUGGUUGGGGUGGAGAAAAAGAAUGUAUAUGUAAAAACGCAGAGGACAGCUAUCGAUCGGCAUACCCAGGAGAAACAUAUUAUAAGAGAACAUCAUACGUUGAAUCAAUAAAAAUAGAAAACACACCAUCGUGGAACAAUCUACAGCACUUACCACCUGGUAGUACUAUCAAUAGUACUACUAUUACUCAACGCCGUCACCAAUGUGCCCGCAUCCUCCUAGGGUCAGUAUGUCUCAUCUGGAGUGGAAUUACUUAUAUGUAUUGGACAGGCAAGUACCAUUCCAGCAGUCCUCGGUGGAACAAUCAUAUCCUGGAUGGUACGGGUCUAGAUGACGGUACCCUAUCCCAAUGGCUUCAGGCCUUAGGGUUUCCUAAAGCAAUGCUUAAUAAUAGUGGGCCACAGAAUCGACUUGACAAGGUCAUAUGGGAUGGGAUUAGUGAUAAGUUGCUUCUAGGGUUUGCAGUCCCUAGUGGCCUCAGUAGUGAUGCCCAGGACAGUUAUGGUAAUACAGCCAGAGGUCCAUUCGCUAUGAACUAUCCUGGUUUUAUACAUACUGCACAUAGGGAUUCAUUCAACACUGAUGCUGCUAUUGUGUUCCCUAAUGGCUCUUCCUCAAGUAGUAAUGACAUUGACCAGCACAAACGAGGUGCUCUCUUCAAGCUCUAUAUUCUAUCAUGUGCCUAUUUCACUGGAUUACAAAAGAAGACUAGUGAAAGUGCUACUCUGAGCACUAGCACUAACAAUCCCAAGACCAUCCGGGAGAUCCUAUACUGGCUAAGUGCAUUGCCCUAUAGUCAGGCAUAUCCAAAGAUAUUGAAGCAUGGUAAGCAUAGACUCGAAAAGGUACUGGAACAUGCCGAGGAGAAACAACUUAAAUUUAUUCAAACGGAUCGUCCAAAACCCAUUACCGUUCAUGAAUUCAACCUGUUUGCCCACUUCCAAGCAGUGACCCAGUACUGCCCACUGGUCCUCAUAGGUAUCCAGGGUGGAAUACACAGCACUGACAAAACACUAGGACCUGCCAUCCACGCCCUCUAUGCCAACACAGCCUGUAGAUUCACCUACCCAGCAGUGCCCAUCCAAGCAUACAACCAGGUGGUGCACUACAUUAGGGCUCUGUUCUACCAACUCUAUUUCCUAAGGAAACAAUGUGAAGUGAAGGUUACUUGUGGAGGGAAGUGGCGUGAAUGUAGGUAUGGUCAUGGGGUAGUUUCCAAGGGGGUAAUUAGCUGGAUGUGCCUGGGGUGUAACCCCAUGGAACAUGAUAGGAAAUGUAGGGUUGAUAAGGUAAAGGAGGAUUUAGUGGGGUUAGUGAAUAAAGUAAAAGUGGGAUUAGAAGGAAAUAAAGAUGAAGAGGCCGACGGAGAGGAACUUUUUGACGUAUUGAAAGCUAUAGGUAGUGUCGUGGUACAAUUGGGUAAUGCCCAGGAGGCAUUGGAAGGGAAGGCUGAGAGUAAAGUGAUAGAGGGGGUGAAGCAGAAACUAGGGGAGGCUAAGAAGGAACUAGAGAAGGCUAAGGAGGCAGUAGAAAGUGAGGUUGGGAUGGAUGGGAAGGAACUGGAAGAGGCUAAGAAGGCAGUAGAGAAGGCUAAGACGGAAGGAGAUAAUGUUAGGAUGGCAAAGCUAGAGAAGAAGAUGAAAGCACUAGAGAAUGCUAAAGAUGCACUAAACAAGCUGAUGACGAGUGGUGGUAGUAAUGGAGCACUAAAUACACUAGCGAAUGGUGGUGGUAAUGGGUCAUUACAACAGAUAGGAAGUGCUAAUGAAAAGGACAGAGAUUACAGUAGUGCCAAGGACCAGAUAAGUGAUGCUAUAAAUGGGAUAAACCAGACAUUGGAGGCAUUGCAACUAUUGAAGAGGGCAUCAACAACGCUGAAUGGUCACAGAGAUGAUAUUAGCGACGUUUUCAUGAUAUAUGAAAAGACCAUUACAGAUCUCAAAGAAAUAUACAACUCUCCCAAGUGCCCAUCGUGUGAAUCACACUCCACCAAGUGUGGCCAACAGCCACAGUCCAAGACCUGUCCAACCUGCCACCAACAGUACAUGGACGGUACACCAUCACCCCUCCAAGCAUUCCUCGAAGAUAGAUUACCAGGGUUUAGUUGUAGCGCAGUGGUGAACCAGGAGAAGGAACAACCAGACUACCCACUGGCUGCAUCCCACCUAUGGCACAGCAACGGUACUGGUCAGUGCUGCCCAGUGCCAAUGGGUUUUAGAGGGCACUUCCAUGAGGGCAGCAUCAGUGGCAUGACUGGCCAACGCCUUUAUGGCAUCCUUUACUUCUUCAGUAACGAGAACAUGAUGCAGUCGUGUGUUUAUACACUAGUGAGAGUGACAGCAGAACUCAGUGCUACCACACCACAGGUGCUGGGUGAUGUAUUCGGGUUCUUUAGGGGAGGGGUGGGAAACAAGGACAAGGGAAAGCCACCAAAGGGAGAAUUGGAGACGAAUUGUGAUCACACAGGGGAACCUUCAAAGGAUGAUAAAAAGUACUUUUGCGGCUGGUGUGCCUCUGGGUUACGGGAUGUAGUGAAAGCGAUAGAGUGGAUACCCAAUGGGACGGAGGUAGGAGGGAAGUACAGGGAGAGUGUAGGAGAAGCAUUAAUUAAAAUUAAGGGUGAUAAGGGCAGUGCUCAACAGCCAGCUCCACAGUCCAAUAAUACAUCCCUCUCAAGACUCACUAAGAACUGCCAGUACCUCUCCCCCCUAACCGGUGAACUCUAUACGGCAGUGAGUGCCACCUUCGGUGGAACAUACCUCUCAUGGGUACUAUACCUAUCAGAUGCGCUUGAAGGUGGACUACAGUCACUGUCAGAGGCAUUUCGUGACAUUGAAUGCCGUGGUUGCAGAGAAUGUGACCCCAAUAAGUGCAAGAAGGGACAUCAUGGUGACAAUGGCGGUGGACACUACGGUAACCCAUUCAAUCUGGAGGGGUACCGGCAGGGGGAUGGAAAGGAUGAUGGAGAUUAUAGUAUUAUGGACAAGACGAAUGACAGUACUAAGAAGUGUCAUCAAUUCUUAGACAGUCUCAGUGCAGUGAUCAAGAAGAAGGAAGAAGCCACCCCGAAGGAACAUCCCUUGACAAAGUUACUAUCAGAAGUCGGCAAGCUCCAAUACGACAUACGGCUCCCCUGGAUAUUUGUUCUCACGGUAGCGUGGCUAGUGGCAGUACUCUACCUUGCAUUUGGUGCCAUAUGGCCACUGGACUGGACACAUAUGAGGUCGCAUUGGUUACGGGGUGGAGAACACCAGUGGCAGUGUAUGUGGUAUAAGGUGAUGACGGGACGCAAAGGAGUGGAAUUAGUGGAGUAUUUUGGUAAGACAUAGUGGCGCCUUCGGCGCAACGGUGCUAAAUGAUAUACACUAG